AUGAUUAACUUUCUUCGACUUUAUGGAAUUUUUAUUAUCUUUGAUCAAACCAGUACACGAAAACAAACAAAAUCAUGUGAAGUAUGCAUUGUUGAUUCAUUUUGUACAGAUGAUACAAUUUAUUUUAAUAUUUCAAUAUCAAAACAUUGCCAAAAUCCAUUAAAAACAUCUAUUGCACUUUACACAGAUGUUGAUUUAAAACAUCGUUAUUUUAAUAAAAUAAUUACUUGUAAUAAUUGUUAUAUAAAUAUUCUAAUAGAAUCUGCUCAUGAUGCUUGGGAUUGUACAUUAAGACUUGAAUCACCUGAACCGUCGAAAACUUGUUCUACACAACAUACUGCUCAUUGUGAAGGAACAAUAUCAUACUUAAUUUGGUUUAUUACAGGUUGUCUUUCAGCUUUAUUCAUUAUACUUGGUGGUUUAGUAUGUUGUAUAAAACACGAAUGUAAUCAAAAAACAUCCUGCUCAAGUAAAAAACAAGAAGUGAAAGUAGAAACCGUAGAUAUCUAA